AUGGGGCAUCCAGGACAGUCCCCUAGCCCCCAGUCCCCCCAUGGCAGUCCCCCAACUCUAAGCAUACUCACUCUCCUGCUGCUCCUCUGUGGACAUGCUCAAUCCCAAUGCAAGAUCCUCCGCUGCAAUGCUGAGUAUGUAUCAUCCACCCUGAGCCUUAGAAGCGGGGGUUCUCCUGGAGGGCUUCGAGGAGGAGGCGGUGGUGGUCGAGCAGCAGGAGCCGGUUCCGGUGGCCUCUGCCGGGCGCUGCGCUCCUACGCGCUCUGCACUCGGCGCACCGCUCGCACCUGCCGCGGGGAUCUUGCCUUCCACUCGGCGGUGCACGGCAUCGAAGACCUCAUGAUCCAGCACAACUGCUCCCGCCAGGGCCCCACGGCUCCUCCUCCGCCCCGGGGCCCCGCCCUUGCAGACCCGGGUUCUGGUCCCCUAAUCCCAGACCCCUGUGACUACGAAAGCCGGUUUUCCCGGCUGCACGGUCGUGCCCCGGGCUUCUUGCAUUGCGCCUCCUUCGGGGACCCCCACGUACGCAGCUUCCACCACCACUUUCACACGUGCCGUGUCCAAGGAGCUUGGCCCCUGCUGGAUAACGACUUCCUUUUUGUCCAGGCCACCAGCUCCCCCGUGGCAAAGGGGGCCAACGCCACCACCACCCGGAAGCUCACCAUAAUUUUUAAGAACAUGCAAGAAUGCAUUGAUCAGAAGGUCUACCAGGCUGAGGUGGACAAUCUUCCUGCAGCCUUUGAAGACGGUUCCAUCAACGGAGGUGACCGGCCUGGGGGCUCAAGUCUGUCCAUUCGAACUGACAACCCUGGGAGCCACGUGGAGAUCCGAGCCGCCUACAUCGGCACAACUAUCAUCAUCCGGCAGACGGCUGGGCAGCUCUCCUUCUCCAUCAGGGUGGCGGAGGAGGUGGCCAGGGCCUUCUCAGCCGAGCAGGACCUGCAGCUCUGUGUUGGAGGGUGCCCUCCAAGCCAGCGACUCUCCCGCUCAGAGCGCAGCCGCAGGGGAGCUGUCAGCAUAGACACUGCCCGACAGCUGUGCAAGGAGGGGCUUCCGGUGGAAGACGCUUACUUCCAUUCCUGUGUCUUUGACGUUUUGAUCUCUGGUGACCCCAACUUCACGGUGGCGGCUCAGGCGGCUCUGGAGGACGCCCGGGCCUUCCUGCCAGACUUGGAAAAGCUGCAUGUCUUCCUCUCAGAUGCUGGGGUCCCUAUCUCCUCCGCAACCCUCUUAGCCUCACUCCUUUCUGGGCUCUCUCUUCUGUGGCUUUGCUUCCAGUAA